AUGUCACGACUACCACGCCUACGGAGCUCGUCUCCUGAUAGAGCUCAUUCCAACGAUGCCGGGCCCUCCCUACCAUCAAGAGUACCGCAAACCAGUCUCAAACGAAAAGCCAUCAUGGAGGAGGAUGAAGAGAUGGAGAGUCUGGAUCAACCCAGGAAACUACCAGCUUUUGGUGCUGUGAGGCCUAGUAGGCCUCUGCAGCCUUCGAAGACAGCGACAAACUUAACUUCAUCUCGCGGGGCACCAGCACCAGUACCGAAGCCACUAACAAAGCCAAGAGCACCUAUCUUAACACGAUCGACACGAGGAACUAGUGCACCUCCGACAAGCGCCAAACCGCCUGCUAGGCCCACCACUGCCACCCGAGCCACUGCCGGGCGGGUAGCCUCCGGGUCUGGAUCUGCUAGGCCUGGUGUCGGUAUCCGCCCUGGAGACGAUAAACGAUUCAAUGACCUUCAAUCGCAGUUGACUUCCAUCGAGGCUGCAAGGGCAGCAGAUGCGGCCAGACUUGCAGCGGAGAUGGAAGCAGAGCGAAAUAAGGUCGCGGAACUGCAGGCGAAUCACCGAGCGCUUUCGAAUGAGCUUGCGAACGCCAAAACACAAGAACUUAAUCAGCGUCGCGAGCUUGUACAUGCAUCGGAUGAGAUUGAGAACCUAAAGAAGAAGCAUAGUAGGGAGGUUAUGGAUCUUGAACUGGACAUCAAGAAGCGCGAUCGCGAACUGCGCGAAGUUAACGAAGACUUGCGAAUUUGCAGGAGCGAUCUGGAGAGGGAGAGGGAGACAGUUUCGUCGCUGAAGAAUACAAUUGCACAUCAAUCAACAGCUCAGCUUUCUCUUACUACUCAGAACCAUGCACUCGAGGCCCAGUCGAUGGCUCUCCAGUCCCAAAUUGAUGCAUAUGCUAGGACGGUUUCUGAGAUGACGCUCAAGUUGGAAACCGCGCAGAAGCAAGUCGAUGAUCUAAAAAAGGAGGCAAUGGAGAACGAAUUCGUCCGCCGCAAACUUCACAAUAUGGUGCAAGAACUCAAGGGCAAUAUCCGUGUCUUCUGUCGUGUCCGGCCUGUGCUACCCUCGGAUCUCGUUACUUAUUCCAACACACUCUCCUCAUCAGGGUCGUCUAGUAACGGGUCUGAAGGUGGUAGUGUCGACUUCGAAAAAGCGAAGGAGGAACUUCAGGCCAAUAUGAGUUUCCCUGAUAAACUCGAUCACAAAGAGAUUGUGCUUGCUUCUUCGUCAUCUAGCGCUACUGGUCAAGAGAGGAAGGAAGUUUACAACUUUGGCUUUGACCGAGUUUUUGCUCCUGAGUCGACGCAGGCUGAGGUUUUCGAGGAAAUCUCCCAAUUAGCACAGAGUUGCACCGAUGGUUAUAAUGUUUGCAUCUUUGCAUACGGGCAGACGGGUUCAGGGAAGUCUUUCACGAUGGAAGGUGGUCCUACCGAGUCGAGUCAGGGCAUGAUCCCCCGAGCAGUGGAGCAAGUGUUCCGUGUCGCUAGCGAGAUGAAGAGUAGAGGUUGGGAAUACUCUAUCGAGGGACAGUUCCUCGAAAUUUAUAACGAAACCAUCAACGACCUCCUCGGCAAGGGCGAGUUCGACAAGAAGAAGCAUGAAAUCAAGCAUGACCCCAAAACAGGGUCAACCCGCGUAACAGAUGUCGAAGUCAUCCCGCUCACUUCUCCCUCGCAAGUACGUACUUUGCUCUCUGUUGCGCAAUCCCGACGGAGCGUGGCUGCUACAUUGAUGAACGAGCGUUCCUCGCGUUCACAUUCCGUUUUCACCCUGCGUAUCUCUGGUGUCAAUGUCGGUUUGGAUGGGUGCCCAGGCACCGGGGAGAAGUGCGAAGGCAGCUUGAAUUUGGUGGAUUUGGCAGGCAGUGAGAGACUGAAUGUAAGCUUCGCAAAUGGAGCAGAUAAGGAACGGGUGAGAGAGACACAGAAUAUCAACAGGAGCUUGAGCGCUCUUGGGGAUGUGAUUGCUGCAUUGGGAGAGAAAGGAGAGAAAGGAAACGAUAAGCAUAUUCCAUAUAGGAAUUCGAAGCUUACAUAUCUCCUGCAAAAUUCUUUGAGUGGUAAUUCAAAGACACUGAUGGUUCUCAAUCUAUCGCCUCUGGCCGCUCAUCUGCAGGAGUCUCUUACGUCUCUGAGGUUCGCUACCAAGGUUAACAAUACGACUAUUGGGACAGCGAAAAAGCAAACCCGUGUUUCAUGA